UCCCUCCUCUGUAACUUUUGCUCUCUAUGUCCUGCCUCAGUCUCCAGUUGUCUCUUGGACUCUAUCUAUUUUCGCUGUAUUAACUUGUACCAUCCAUCUCCUAUCCAGCACUUUUGGUAAAAUAUGGAAAACAACAAUGAGAACACUCAUGACAAACCAGAUGAGACACUUAAUAGUAACCCAGUUUCAACCAAUCAAAAUGGCUUACAGAUGCCAAAUGAAGAGCCAUCAAAAGUCAUUGGUUUGCAGCCCAGCGAAAAGGAUUCCAGUGGAUCAACUGACCAUGACAUUGCAGAAGAACUGAGCAGACAACUGGAAGAUAUCAUUCAGAUGUAUGCCUCUUCUGACAUUGUCCCAAGUGACAUCCAGAGUGCUGAUUUGUCAACCAAGGCAGAACAACCCAAUGAUGAUGUAGAAAUUGAGGAUGCAAUUAUGGAGGAGCCUAAAGAGCCACUGCCUCUACCAAAUGUCUCAUCGGCCAAAGAAUCUGCGUCAAACAAAGAGCAAAAGCUAGAGAAGAAGAUGCUAAAAGGCCUAGGCAAAGAGGCUGCACAGCUUCUGCAAAGCUUAAGCAAGCUGAACACACCAGAAGAAAAGCUAGAAGCAUUGACAAAGAAGUAUGCAGAACUGCUUGAAGAGCAUCGUGCAGAACAAAAGCAGAUGAAACAACUGCAGAAGCGGCAGUUGCAGAUUAUAAAAGAAAAAGACCAAUUACAAAGUGAACAUAGCAAAGCUAUACUGGCUCGCAGCAAGCUUGAGAGUCUGUGCCGGGAGCUGCAGAGACACAACAAAACACUUAAGGAAGAGACCCUUCAGCGUAUGCGAGAGGAUGAAGAAAAACGGAAAGAAAUCACUAACCAUUUCCAGAUAACACUGGCAGACAUCCAGAGUCAGAUAGAGCAGCAGAGUGAGCGGAACACUACGCUGUGCCAGGAGAACGCAGACCUGGCAGAGAAACUCAAGGGCAUUGUUGGCCAGUAUGAAGUCAGAGAAGAGCACCUGGAUAAAAUGUUUAAACAUAAAGACCUCCAGCAGAAGUUGGUGGAUGCCAGGCUAGAGCAGGCCCAAGAACAAAUGAAAGAAGUAGAGGAGAAACAUAAACGGGAGAAAGAAUUUUUGCUUACCCAGGCUGCUGAAUGGAAGCUACAGAGCAAAAUGCUGCAAGAUCAGGAAACCAUACUGAAAACUCAGAUUACACUCUACUCUGAGAGAUUUGAUGAAUUCCAGAAUUCUUUGACGAAAAGCAAUGAAGUUUUUACGACUUUCAAAAAAGAAAUGGAGAAGAUGACAAAAAAAAUGAAGAAACUUGAAAAGGAUACGAACACAUGGAAAACACGAUUUGAGAACUGUAAUAAGGCACUGCUAGACAUGAUUGAAGAGAAAACUAUGAGGGCCAAGGAAUAUGAAUGCUUUGUGGUAAAAAUUGAAAGGCUGGAAAAACUUUGCAGAGCGCUGCAGGAGGAAAGACUUGAACUAUACAAAAAAAUUAGAGAAGCCAAGACACAAAAUGAGGAAGAGGAGGAAGAAGAUACAGCUGGUGAGGACAUUGACACUGCUGCACAUGAUGAAACGUCUAUCACAGAGCCGUCUGUAAUUGAUGAAAAAAUUAUCAGAGAUCUAGAAACAGCUUUUAUGGUGACCCACCUCCUGGAAGAGACAGUAGAAGAAAGCAGCCUGGAGUGUCCACAACCUGAAGCUGGCAAAUUAGCUGCAGAUGAGAAACCUGCACCGCCAUUACAAGGUGCAACCUGCUCUGCUACCACUGAACAGAACCCUUCAGUGGGAGAAUCACAGCAAACAUCAAUGAAAGAUGAUAUGGAAGAUGUAGACUAAGCCUAACUUUAAGAGAUAUGCAAAGGGGAUGCGGUCAACAUCCCGCUGGACGGAAUCCCGGCGGUCGAAAUACCGACGCCGGAAUCCCGACCGCCACAAUCCCGACCGCCACAAUCCCGACAUAUUCUCCCUCCGUGGGUGUCCACGACACCCAUAGAGGGAGAAUAUAAUAGUGUGCCAAGCGUAGCGAGGCACCGUGCCCGCAAGGGGCUGCGAUCCGCUCGCCACCCCUGUCAGGAUUGUGUGGUCGGGAUUCCGGCGUCGGUAUUUCGUCUGCCGGGAUCCCGUCCAGCGGGAUUACGUACUGAUCCCAUGCAAAGUAUACUAUUUCAAAGUCCAUAUAGUUAGCCUCUUCAUAAAUGCUAGACAUCCAAAGGCAAAGCUCGAAAGAAUUCAUGACAUUAAGUUUAAUCAAAAGACCUGCCAAAUGAUCUCAAUGCCUUCCCAUAUGAUGUAAAAGGGAUUGUCCACCUUCAGAUGACUUUGAUUUUUUUGCCUUGCAUAUGCUCGCCAGCAACUUUUACUACUUACUUCGCUUUAUCCUUUCUGGCUUUUUUUUCUGUACGUUUCAGAAGCCACCUGUUGCACUGGGUUACACCGUAGCUCUGCUGUGAUGUCAACAUUUAUCACUGUUUUAUCUACAAACUAGCACUGUGUCACUCACAUCCAAGAUAUAUUAAUGUUUCUGAUGUCAUAGUCAAAGGCGUCACAAGGGGGGUGCAGACCGCACCUGGUUGUCACCCUUCCAGGAGGUGAUAAAAAAAUUGCUGGCUCCUCCACAUUGACCGGGAGUUGGGUGCAAAAGUGUAAAAUUAUCCUGCAGUGCCUAGCUCUUAUAACUGAGAAGGAGCCAGCAGUGCAGGCAGUGUACAGGGGCAGCCCAGCAUCUCUGGGGAUGUUAGGCACAUCGGUGGAGUGAUGUAAAUGGAAGACUUCCCAAAAGGCCAUGCCCUCAUAGUGAUGUCAACAGGGGAUGUCCUGAUAUGCCACUCCCCUUUCUGCAAGGAUAGUCCUCCUUUUCAGGCAGGGUGCUAAUGCCACACCCAGGUGUCACUGACCCCAAUGCCACCACUGGUCAUAACGAUAUGAUUGAAGAGCAUAUAAGGAAGCCAAAGAGAUCAAAUAAUGUGUUGGUGAAAAGGAAAAUCCAGAAAAAUGUCCUAAGGGGGCCCAUAGCCGAAGUCCUUGACACGGCUACAUUAUCUGUAUUCCCAGGCAGGGCCGGCAACAGAAAUCUUGGGUCCCGGUACAGUGAGAUCUUUGGGGCCCCCCAGAUCAUAUAUGUAAGAAACGUAAUAAAAUAUAUAAAUAUUUAUACAAAUAUAUAAAUAUGUAUAUCACAGUCUGUGUCUCCCUCCCCCCAUCCUCCCACACACAGUCUGUGUCUCCCUCUCUCCUUCCUCCCACACACCCCACUGUCUGCCUCUCCCCAAUGACUCCAUGCUGCAUUCCUAACUCCACCACCUCAUCCCAAAGCCCUGUGUCCCCUCACCAAGUCACUCUUACACCAGGGAAAUACUCACCUGCACUGCACUCCACAGUAUUCACACCCAAACACCAUACAACAGUCACCAUGUGGCCCUCACAUACCACCAGAAGAUGCCAGCGCAGGGCACAGGAAUCCUGGCCAAUGGAGCUGCUGCCAUUUCCCGUAGCUGCCUGCAACAGAACUGGACCCGGAAGAGCUCACAUCCCUGCUGGGCACUAAGUGGAGUAUCUUUGGGGCCCCUCUGAUCCCUGGGGCCUGGUACAGGUGUCCCCUAUGACCUCCCCCCCCCCCUGUCGCUGGCCCUGUUCCCAGUGCCCCUGUCUGUAAUUCAGUUUUGGUAACCUGCAUCAUGUGGCCACAGAAAGGGGUGGGUGUACAAGUGGGAGAUCAAGUCAUAGUUUGCUGUCUCUUAACUAUGGCUUAUCAUUGGUCCCCUACUCACUCUCCAAGCAGUGGAGAAGCCAGGAGAAAAAAACUGCACAAAGGACUCUAGCUAGGGACACUGGUCAGAUUAAGAAACUAUUUCCUAAAUGCGUUUGUAGAUUUAAGGCUUUCCGUGGGAUUGUUAUUAAUUGGAACACUGCGUUUACUUCACCAUGACGCAGAUGACAGCAAAUUUAGCUUCCUUCAUUUAAUCCAUGGGGUUAUUUUUCAUAAAUAAUAAAAUAUGCAAGUGUUGCUCAGCCUAUUGGGUAGGGCUAGGAUAUAACAUGCUGAUAUUAUUACAGAACAUGGUUUGGUUUCCACUUGAUAGGAAUGGCAAGAUAAAAAAUAGGCACAACAUAUGUAAUUUACAAACUUGGCAUUAAUUCACGUUUAACUCUUACGGUUAUAUAUUACAUUAAAAAACAAUACUUUGUUGUUUGUGGAUAAAAGUGUUGUUUUUAAUUAGAUUUAUUUAAAAUCCUAGACAUUUUUGAUUUUUGAAAAGGCAAAUGAUGUUGAAUAAUUGUAUUGAUGUUUUGGUAAUGAGCCUGCAGCGAUUACUGAAAAUCCUUAUUUGAAAGGAUGUGUCCAUGUGUUUUUAUUGUAGUAGUGAUAAGUGCAGAUUACAUAAUAAACACUUACUGGGUUAUUUCAAUAUCAUUAAAAAUUUUCAUUAGACAUUCUUUUACACAGCACAGCAGAGUAGUAUAUUUUCUAUAUUAAGGGGAUGGAGCUGGGAGCAUACCAAAAAAAAACGGAGUAACUUUGUACUUUGGCAAAACCAAGCUGCACUGCCAGUGGGCCAUAUUUGGAAUGUACAGAGAGAAUGAUAUUUGGGAGGGGGCGUGUCCUAUCUCAAACCUAAAUUGCAGUGUACAAAUAAAUCUGUCCAGCAUUAGUGGGCUACAUGCAAAAACAGUGAGUAUUUACCCUGCAUACAAUAAAUAAAUAAAUAAAUGUAUUGGCACCCCUUGCAUUGCAAUAAAAUGUGCCCAUGUGGAAAGACAAAUUAUUUUGCUUUGCUCCAAACAUUGAAUCAGCCCCUAAAUCUACAAAGGACCUAAUAACAACAAGCAACAUGUGUUUCAUAAACCAAAUGCUGAAUAUUAACCCCACUCAUUGCAUUAAAACAAUAUUAUUGAUAAUGAAAACUAAAAAUCAGAUUGUAGUUAUAAAUCCCCUACCCAUACACAAGCAUCCCAUACAGUUAGGAGAAAAAUUAUUAGAAGAAUCAGCCUAUUUUAUACACUCUCAAACAAAACAUAUCAAUUACAAUGCACUCCAACCUAAAAUGCACCGUUUGGAUAAUCACUGUAAAAAAAAAUUUGGCUUGGGAUAUUAUUAAAGCACUAAACCCAUGUAAGUAGUGAGCAGAGUGGCUUUGUAACACUCUUCUGAGCUCUGUUGACCUCCUCUACCUCCCACCUCUGUCAUCAUGCAAGAUGCUGAGAACUGUGACUAAGUGGCUGCCAAAUUUAGUUUGAACUCCAGAUAGGAAUUUAAAAGUACAUAGGUUCUAUUUACCAUACAGAUCUGCCCCUUUACUCAUACGGAAAGAGCAGUUUCCACAUGAUUAUCACUAAAUUUAGUGAAACUGCUAUGAAGCCUAUAAUGCAGGAGAAAUUGCAGAUAUCUCCUGUGUUAUUGUCAUCAACUCUCACCAUUCCAAUACACUGCAUAGGGGGUGGCGGUGCACUACGAUCCAAUUGCCAUCUACGCAUGGUGUUAGUGAAAAAGGUUAGUUAGAAUAAAUGUAGAUACUUCCCUAAUGAAAAAGUGCAACAGGAUGUGGUACUCGGAUGUACUCCAUCCAUGAAUAUUGUAGCUAUAAUCAGUCAGUGAUUCUUUAGGCUGGAACAAUCUGGCAGAUGUAGUAAGCAUGUGUACCCCAAUGGGGUAGGUACAAGUUCAUUAAAUGCCAACCUGAACCUACCCAUUAAGGUACGCUGCCUGCUACAUCUGGCCAAUUGUUCCACAAUUUCUAUAAAGGUGGAAGGAAUCUGGAGCCUAACCAUCAAAUAGAACCAAACGCUGACGUACAUCUGGUAUGCUCACUACCUCAAUGGUUGCUUAAAUUCUCUAUUUAAGCUAAUUACUUUAUAUAUUAUAUUGAAUGUUGUCUAUUAUCCACCAUUGUUUUCUAUUGUAUCUGCUCAGUUUGAGCCAUAUGCCUCUGUUCAUAUUCCUGUACUAAAUAAAUAGUUUUAUGGAUAAUA